UUAUUACCGGCGCAACUAGUUCAAAUUAUUAGGUUCUAUGGUUACUAAAGUGCUGCUUAUUAGUAUCGCAUGCUUUGGGUUCGCGGUAGCGAAUACCACCAAAGUGGAAGACUUGGUCAAGCAAUGGGCUCCAUUGAUAUGGCUGGCACCUGAAGAGAGAUACUUUCCACAAAGUGCUGAAGAUUUUUUAAAGAAUGUCUACGUUGGUGAUAGUGGUGGGAAGAGGGUUAUGCCCUAUCUAGAUGAAAAGAUUUCAAGAUACAAAUCAAAUGACUUUAACCUUAUGCCAUAUAGGUCGUUAGAAUCUCUACAAAACGAUACCACAUCAUUCAUCUUUGGAAAUCCGGAUUUAAAUAACGUUUCCAUAUACGCCGUGGUAAGCCAUUGUGCAACAUCCCUCAAAAGAUUUGAAAAUGAAGUUUUGGAUAAUGGGGAUAAACUAUAUUUCCACGUCAGCUACUGGAUUUUUUAUCCUUACAACUUGGGGAAAGAUAUUUGUGUACUAGGUAAAGUCCCAGCUUUAAGAAUAUUCAACACUUGUCUUGGUAAUGUAAAGACUAUUGGUAACCACGUUGGCGACUGGGAACACAUGAGUCUUUCUUUUGUUGGAAAAAACGUACCUGAUCAACUAUAUCUAGCAGCACACACCUCUGGUGCCUUUUAUACCUACAACGAGCAGCAGAGGUAUUUUAAAUUGGAUGAGAUUGAAAAGAAAAGUGUGCAUUUAGGUAAAUACCCAGAGCUCAUUCGCACUCAAGGCGACCAUCCUGUAGUAUUUUCUGCUUAUGGAUCACACGGGAUGUGGGGAUCCCCGGGAGUACAAGAAUAUGUUAAAGUGCCAAAAUUAACAGACAUGACGGGAUGUGUUACAAAACUUGAUUCGACUUUCAGUCAUGCUUGCUUAUUGCUUAUUAAUGGCGCAAUCCUCCACGCUGCGUGA